AGGACUAUUUAGUUGUUGCUUCAGAAAGAUUGCGAUGCCUUUUCUGGAAGAAAGUUCCCUACUUGGAGACCUCUCACUAAACAUACCUGUCACGAUUAUAGGAAAUGGUCCUUCUGGAAUAUGUCUUUCCUAUCUGCUCUCUGGAUAUAGACCUUACAUGGCACCAGGGGCUAUACAUCCAAAUCCUAUCCUUCAGGGCAAGCUGGAAGAAAGAAGGCAUCUUUCUGUUGUAGAUCAGGAUCUGAGAUAUUUAUCUGAAGGUCUUGAAGGCAGGUCAUCCAACCCUGUGGCACUUCUCUUUGACACCCUUCUUCACCCUGAUGCAGACGUUAAGUUUGACCACUCAUCAGUCUUACAGUGGAAGCUUGAGAAACACAAAUGCAUUCCACAUUUGGUGCUGGGGAAAGGUCUGCCUGGCGGUGCGUGGCAUGUAAUGAAAAAAUCCAUGCUGACAAUUAGCUUGGACAACUGGAUGGAGUUACCUGGAUUGAGAUUGAAAGAUUGGACCAACAGUAAAUGGAGAAACCUGCUGAACGACAGAGCAACUCCAGAGGAAAUAGCUUCAUAUUAUAAUGACUAUGUUAAGAUUAUGGGUCUUCAGAAAAACUUUGUUAACAACACUUGGGUCACUUCUGUCUCAAAGCUGCAGCAAGAUCAAGAGCAUGGAAAGGACAAAUUGCUUAAAUGCAUUAAAAAGGAUAUCACAGCACAACAGUCACCUACAACUGAAAAUGGAUCAGCUCACAACCUUUGGGAAGUCAGAGGAUUUCAAAGAAUUGGAGAUGAAUCACAUGUGCCUUUUUGCCUUUUGACUGAGAAUGUUGUCUUAGCCACUGGCACCUACGAUUUACCUGUGAGGUUGGGGGUUGAAGGCGAAGACCUGCCUUUUGUAUUCCACUAUGUCUCAGCCUUUGAGUCUGCCAUCAAAAGCUGCAAAGUCAACCAGUUAUCAGACCCUGUUCUCAUUGUUGGUGCAGGGCUGACUGCAGCAGAUGCAGUAUUGUGUGCCUGCCGUCACAAAAUCCCUGUUAUUCAUACAUUCCGAAGAAAUGUCAAUGAUCCAGGUUUGAUCUUCAAACAGCUUCCUAAAAAGCUUUAUCCAGAAUAUCAUAAGGUUUAUCGCAAAAUGUGCAAGCAAAAUGUGCACUCUAACUAUACAAGCUUCCCUGAAAGUUGCAUUGUCUCUUUCCAACCAGAUAUGAAAUGCAUUCUUCAGAGUGCCUCAGGAGAGAACAUUAUCCUUAAUAUCUCAAUGGCGCUAGUGCUGAUAGGUACUUACCCUAAUCUAUCCUUUCUUAAAGAGCAUGGAAAGUACUUGGGAAUAGACCCAAGUAAGCCCAUUUCAUGUAAGCAAAAUCCAGUUGAAAUUGAUCCCUAUACUUUUGAGUGUACGAAAGAGGCUAGCUUGUUUGGAAUGGGCCCACUAAUUGGAGACAACUUUGUCCGCUUUCUGAAAGGUGGAGCUUUGGGCAUCACAAGUUGUUUAGUGAAGCGCUUGAAGAAAAAAGGACAGUUAAUUUCUGAAAAAAAGAAUUGAGUAAUAAAUCUCUGGAUUAAGUAUGAAUUGCGACGGCUAUAUUUGCAACAAAUAAUAACAAACAGCAGACUUUUAGCAAUAAAUUCAAGAUACAGGAAGUUAGUGAGGAUCCUGCCCAAUGUGUAAUAAUGGAAUGGAGAGAAGGAAAUAAUUAACUUGUACUCAAUUUGUACUCGGUAGUAAUACUGCAAAAAUUUAAAAUGCACACAUUUCUUUAGGCAAAACAUGGAAAUGAACUGAGAAGCAAUUAAGAAGGCUGUACAAGUCCAUUCAAAGAAGCCCAUUGUUAGAAUUGGAUACCAAAAUAGAAUCAAUCUG